CCAAUAAUAUCUAAGUGAAAAACUAAACUUAAAUGCUCUCUCAAGGGACCAAGUCUCAUUAUUACCAUCACCUCCGAGCGUUCUCUUCUCUCCAUCUGUCUGCCGCUCCUUUAACGUCGGUUCCCAUUUUCUUAUUCACAAUGACCCCAAGAAACUCGAGGAGAUGGAAAAAAGCAAAAGGUAAAACAAAAACAAAAAAGCUUUCUUCGAGAACCAGAGCACAUUGAUUCCAAGGUAAUUACUUUCUCAAUGCCAUGGAAAAGGACCCAUUUUGUUCCCCUUUCCUGUAAUCUAAUCGUUUCAAUCCGUGAUUAUCUCUGUCAGCUUGGAGGAAAUGACUUAGAUUUCAUAAAUCGAUUCAUGAGUUGUCAGAAAGGAUUUAAAUUUUGUUGAUUGAAUGCUGUUUCUGGUGGAUUAGUUUCUCUGAGUUUUGGUGAUAGAUCAGAUUAACAGGCAGAAUUUUGAGAAUGUCGACAGUGGGAAAUUCAACGAACAUAUUUUGGCAAGAAUCCCCCAUUGGGAAAACUGAAAGGCAGAAGUUGUUAAAUCAGAAGGGUUGUGUGGUGUGGAUCACAGGGCUCAGUGGCUCAGGGAAAAGCACGUUAGCUUGCUCGCUUAGUAGAGAGCUGAACAACCGGGGAAAGCUAUCAUAUAUUCUUGAUGGUGACAAUCUUCGUCAUGGUUUGAACAAAGAUCUUGGUUUCAAGGCAGAGGAUAGAGUGGAAAAUAUACGCAGGGUCGGAGAAGUAGCCAAACUCUUUGCGGAUGCUGGUUUAAUCUGUAUUGCCAGCCUCAUAUCCCCGUAUAGAAAAGACCGUGACGCCUGCAGGGAAAUGAUACAGAAUUCAUCUUUUAUUGAGGUUUUCAUGAACAUGUCUCUGCAAUUGUGUGAAGCAAGGGACCCUAAAGGCCUAUACAAGCUUGCACGUGCAGGAAAGAUCAAAGGUUUCACAGGAAUAGAUGAUCCGUAUGAGUCUCCCUUGAACUGUGAGAUAGAGUUGAAAGAGAAAGAGGGAGAGUGUCCUUCCCCUGUAGCUAUGGCUGAGGAAGUGAUCUCUUAUCUAGAAGACAAAGGUUUCCUUCAAAACGAGUAACGUCCAUCAUAAUCUAACGACCGAGAUUUGUUUUUCCUUUUACUUUUUAUGGGUGUUCUCUGUUUGUUACUUUCCUGAAACACUGCAAAUUCUUAAGAAGUUUCAACUAAUGAAGACAUAUAUAGCUUCUUCUCCUUCUUCUGAAACUUGUCUUCUACACUGAAACUCUAGUCAGUCAAUACCAGAAUUCGAUCCUAUACAACAACAAGA